AUGUCACUUAUUCCUAUCAUUGCACAAGGCCCAUCAAAGGCUGUGUCGCCUCCUCCAGAUCAGAGCAUCGAUGAGCCAGAAUGGAUAACAACUUCUCCAGCAGAGGAACCUGAGUCUUCUCAACUUGUUGUCAGCCAACGGCAAAUGUCAAUGCCCCCUCUAACCCCAUCCGUUGAGUUCUUCGGUCACCUAUCACCCUUGCAUCGAUCAGGCCUGCAGUACUUCACCGAGAGGACCGUCAAAGUUCUUGCGCCACAUCCCCAGAUCUUUGACGAGUUGUGCGAACUCAUCUUGCCAAUGGCAGUCUUCAAUGAGCCUUUACUGCAGGGCAUCGUCGCGCUGGCGGCCACUCACCGACUUGCCACAUGCAAAACAACCGAGGAGCAGUCCUCACAAGCGCUCAUUGUUGCUGGCUUUCAAGCUCUAAGUUCCAGAUCCCUUUGCCAGAAACUUUCAGAGUGUGAUGAAGAUCAACAACUCAUUCCAUUGCUGGCCACAUCGAGAGCACUCUUUGUUUGCGAAGUCUUCGCGAGCGAGCCAAGUCCGGAUCGAUGGAGCGUUCAUUUCCGCGGAGCGCGCGGGCUCAUUUCUCGAAUACACGACAAAGGUCUUUCUCAGAACCCGACGGAUGAAUUGAGAUUCUUACUACGAUGGUUCGACAUGACCGAAUCGCUGGUCUGUCUUUCGAUGAGUGAUCUCGCCCCAGAACAGUCGGCUAUCCCCUCACCAACAACGCUCGCAUCAGACACAGAUGACGAACCUGUAUACAUCGAUAUGUAUCUUUCGCGUACAAAGGACCUCCUUGGGGUGUUCAAAGAGAUUGCACGACUAAGCCGAAUUCAAAAUGGUGGAACAACGUCAGAGACUUCGUUGCAAGGCGGGCAAGUUGAGGCUGAGGUCUGGUGGUUACUCAACUAUCUACAGUCCAUCAUCGACCGAGAUCAAGCGAACCCUCCGCCAGUCAUGUCAAUACGCGGUCGCGUUCUAUCUGUUGCCGAAGUCCACGAAUACCGCUUAUCAAAUCAGAUAUGGCAGCUCACCGGUCUGCUCCUCAUUCAUCGACGCUUACGCCAUGAGAGAAGAUCAUCUCCUCUCAUCCAAAACCUCGUCAAUCAGAUCCUCGAAUGUGCAGAGCGUCUGACGCUACGAGACGGACUCACGCCGGUCACCCUGCUUACUCCGCCCUUGUUCUUUGCGGGUUGUGACGCGCUUGGUGAUGAUAGGCCAAGGAUAAAGACUUCGUUACAGGGCGUCUCAACUGCUCUUGGACUUUUGAAUACGCAGCGAGCAUUGGAAAUACUUGAACAGUAUUGGAAAGCCGAUCCGGGUGUCGAUGACGAUCUAGCCGAUCGGUCGUGGCCUAGGAUCUGUCAAUUUUUACCGUACUAA